AUGACUUUGAUUGGUCCUUAUCGCUCUGCUUAUACCCACACGGUGGCCAAUGUCAGGUCCUCCGUGUUUUUGUUGCUUUGUUGUGGUUGUUUUUCGUUACGAUGCUCGAGAGCUGUUUUUCAGUGCUUGCACUCCAACACAAUGACGUCCGAGUUUGGUAACCCGCUCAAAAAGUUCAAACUUGUUUUUUUGGGAGAACAAAGUGUAGGAAAAACGUCUCUGAUCACACGAUUCAUGUACGACUCGUUUGAUAACACCUACCAGGCAACCAUUGGUAUUGACUUCUUGAGCAAAACCAUGUAUCUAGAAGAUCGAACGGUUCGUCUGCAACUUUGGGAUACCGCCGGGCAAGAGCGAUUCAGGUCUCUCAUCCCCUCUUACAUUCGGGACUCAACUGUUGCAGUAGUAGUCUACGACAUUACCAACGCGAACUCAUUCCAUCAAACUUCUAAGUGGAUAGAUGAUGUUCGUACGGAAAGAGGUAACGACGUAAUUAUCAUGCUUGUUGGAAACAAAACUGAUUUAGGAGACAAGAGACAAGUAUCAGCUGAGGAGGGACAGCGUAAAGCAAACGAACUCAACGUCAUGUUCAUUGAAACAUCGGCUAAAGCGGGUUACAACGUCAAACAAGUAUCGAUUUUUGUUCUCACGAUUUUUCAUUAA